AGUACCUCCAAGACUUUGGGAGUUGCAGCAUCAAACCUGAAAUGCAUCUUGGCCAAGUGUACAUACAUACAGAGAAAUAAUUAAAUAUAUAUAAAAUAAUUAGCCGCAGAGGACUGAACCAGUUUCCUCUCCGUAAUAAUAUUACACACACAAAACUAAUAAUUCGCUUCCGUAACAUGUUGUAUUAUUAUCAUGAUUGUUACGUGAUUUGAGUGCAUGCAAAAAUAAAUAGUUUCACUUUUUCUCGCCUGAUUUCAUAAUAACAAUGGUGUGGUGGCUGCUGGUGGGGUAGAAGAAAAACUGGAAAUUCCUCUUGACACAGAGUCAUGAAAAAUUGCUAAAAUAUAGUAAUUGCCAGGAAGGAAGUGCAUAUUUUGUGGUGUGUUUGUGUCUGAGAUGAUAUGUCAUCCCUGCUCAAAUUGACAGUAAAGGAAGGAAGCGGCUGAGAUCCACUCUGCAUUACUUACUAGUCAUCCCUACCCUUUAUUACCGUUUCGAUAUUAUUGGACACACUUUUCGACUUGACGACUUGCUGUCUUUCAUGGGUCAUGAGGCGUGAGUGAGGUGUGUGUGAUUGGAAAUAUUUUGUGUGGAAUCUGUGUGACUGGGAUCGAAUGGAUGUGUUGUGGUGAUAAAAUUAGGAGUAAAUUUAAAAAUAGUUCUACAUCGGGAUUCACAAUUUCUGAAAAUUCUUUAAAUACAAGUUCAAAAUUGGAAAUAAUUAUGAAAGGAUUUGAACUUGUCAAUGCCGGAAUCUCACAUCCGGAAUGUUAGAGGAGACGAGGAGCGUGGAAAUCCCUAAUAAAUUUUAAGAUUUCGGAGUCAGUAUUAUGCGACUCUUGCCCACAGUGUCCAUAGUACUACUGACAGGGUCCGUGUUGGCACUGGUCAGAUACACAACUUAUUACGAAGAAGAAUCAGAUUCCAGAUCGCGCACGAGAUCGAAAAGAUCCUUACGUUCGAACAAUGUGACUGACGGGGGUGGUGGUCGUGGUGGUGAUAAUACACGCUUAUCCGACGAUGAGAGUAUACCGCAGCACAACCACAGCUCGCAAAACCGUUUCCGACGGAGUCUCUUCUCACUGGAUGAGGAGGAUCGUCCACCACCUCAAUGGAGGACACGACGUCUUUUGUGGGGAGAUUCUGGAAAGUGUAGUUCUGGGUCGUGUGAAUUUUUUCUCUUUUGUUGGCUGAGUGGGGGGCUUGUCGAAAAAGGCUGUGGCGGCUUCCUCUUCGCCUGCUGUCGACACAAUGUCGCCUCCCAAGUCAAGAGUGGUAUUGGUUACUCGCCCACUGAGCCCCCUGACGUACCAGAGUACUAUGGACCUGUAAUGAAUGACCCGAGAUGCGGCCUAGCAGCUGACAAUUUGGGGGCUCAGGAACGAAUUGUGGGGGGCAGAGAAGCCGGCUUUGGGUCUUUCCCUUGGCAAGCCUACAUUCGAGUGGGAAGUUCUAGAUGUGGGGGUUCGCUAAUUAAUGAGAGACAUGUAAUUACGGCUGGGCAUUGUGUGGCGAGAGCACAACCGCACCAAAUAGCAGUGACGUUAGGCGACUAUGUCCUCAACUCUAAUUCGGAGCCAUAUCCACCCGUAACUGUUGGCGUAUCAUCAAUAAAGGUUCAUCCCCACUUUAAGUUCACGCCGCAGGCUGAUCGAUAUGAUGUUGCUGUGAUAAAACUAGAUAGAAAAGUCAACUAUCUCCCACAUAUCCGACCUAUUUGUUUGCCUGAUCGAGGCUCAGAGUUUCGAGGUCAAUACGGCUGGGUCACGGGGUGGGGAGCAUUAGAGCCUGGAUCCCGACUCCGGCCAAAGACGUUGCAAGCCGUAGAUGUUCCCGUCUUGGAGAGCAGGGCUUGCGAAGUGUGGCACAAGGAUAAAGGAAUCAAUGUCAUAAUUUAUGAUGAAAUGAUGUGCGCAGGGUAUCAGUUCGGAGGAAAGGACUCUUGUCAAGGUGAUUCCGGUGGUCCCUUAACGAUACAGCAAAACGGUCGCUGGUACCUGAUCGGAAUCGUCUCAGCCGGAUAUUCCUGCGCCCAACGCCAACAGCCAGGAAUUUAUCAUCGCGUAGCUUAUACCGCAGACUGGAUAUCGCACGCAGCCAAUUCCUAGUUUAUUCUUAUAUAAAUUAGCGAACAAAUUGAGUCAUUAUAAUUUAUUUAUAUUCCGUCGUUCCAUCCAAUAAGUAACAUAGUCUCGUAAAGUAUCUUCGUCGUCGUCCAAUGUUUUUUAUACUUAUGCCAACUGCCAAUCAAUUCUUUUGGAAUAUUUAUGGCCCAGAGAGAGGGACACAGGUAAAAAAUCUCAGAUAUACAUAUGUAUAGCUCAGCUAAAAAACUGCGAAAGAGGUGAACAUAGUCAAUGGCCAAUUACUUUAACAGAGUACAAUUCAGACUUGUUAAAAUCGACCUAAUUGUGAAUAUGUAUUGAUUGAUGACUACAACCGAAUGCAAUGACUCAGGUGUACAUACAUCGGUAGAUACGAAAUGACCAAUUUUAUGGGACGCAAAGUACUACCGCUUCUUCGACGGGUGACUUACUUAUUUCUACUUGAACGCUACUGGAAUUAAAUGACGAUUAUUUUUAGACCUAUCAAAAAGUGCCAUGCAUUAACUACAAUUGACAUGUUUAUGGACGAACGAAGGGACUUUUAAUCCGGAUACUGAACAAUUACAUCUUUUGAAGAUUAAGCGACAUUUAUGAAAAAAACUUACAUUAUUACCAUUACUUGUUACAAUGUCUUACUUGUUGUUUUACACAUAAAUACAUAUUACUCGAAGGGGUCGUAUUGUGAAUUUACGUAAAAAUGCUAUGACUGUGCCAUAGCCAUCAAACAAAGAAUGGAUUUUUUUUCUUUUACGCCUUCAUUUACUGUUAAACUGUUUUACUUCUCUUAACAUUUUACGACUGUACUUUAACAUACUUACACAACUAUGAAGACCUUUCUCGAGGUUGUUGGUUUAUAGACAGACAUUUAUACGAAACCGUUUAUUUUUGGGACUGGGUGAUUUUUCCUUUAUUCCUUUCUCUCGGGAUUAAAAUUAGUUACUGGCUUGUGAAUUUUAAUGUAGAUAAUUAAAACAAAUGGGGGAAUAGAGUAAAUUUGGAUUAAGUAAAUGUAAUGUAUGUAAAUGUUUACGUGUGAGGUAAUAUGUUGAACGUAUGUGUAACGCGUAUUGUGAUGUUUCCUAUUAUUUCUGAGAAUGAAAUGCAUUACUAUUGCUAAUAAAUAUGGAAUGUACAAUAUUAAUAAUUAGAUAUGAAACAUGGACAUGUGCAAAUUAGUUUAGGCUAAAAAAUGUCGUACCUUGGUCGUGAAACACGAAUAAAUAUGUUAAUAAUCAUGUAAUUAAAGCAAAAAAUGGUGAAGAAAUAGAUGUUUGUAUAUUUUUGUACAUUUAGUUUUAUCAGCGAGAUAGAUAAAUCAAAUGAAUGCAAUUUGACCAUUGUACGAAAAAAGCAUAUAAUAAAUCAAAAGAAAUUAAUACGAACAAA